GCAAAAGCAUUUCAAGAAAGAUGAGUUAACCCAGAAGUGACGAGUGUCUGCUUGAAUCAUCAACGUGCAGAAGGCAAUUCUCUCUGUUUCUCUGGGACAGACAAACUUUAGCUGCAUUUGGCAGAACCUUUGCAUGUCGUCAGAUGGACUUCAGAGGUAAGUAGCAGAAGUUCUGAACUUCUGACAACACUCGGACACCUCUGCUGCAUGUUGGAGCGGGUUCUCAGGGCUGCCACACCUCCACCCCUCCCACUGAACGACACUCUGGACUUUGCUCAUAACCAAGGAAAGGGGGGUGGUGACAUGCUGGGUGUGUAUGUGUGUGUGUGUGUGUAGAAGUGGGUUUGUCUGGUUAGCCAGAGGGCUGAGACCAGCCGAUUAGAUUAGGUUGCACUUUUUGCAUGGGUUAGGAGCAAAUCUGAAAAGGAGAAAGAGAGGGAAGGGGAGGGGAGGUGGAUGGAGAGAGAGAAUGUAGAGGGUACCUUCAGUGGCCUCAGGGCCCUGAUUGGCCCUUGCUCCAUCCUUGGGGGGCCUCUAUUUAAAAGUCCAGCCCAGGUGAAAGAAGCCCAGAGUUGGAAAGCAAGACGGCGGUUAACAAGAGCCUUUCCAAGACGUCUAGACAUCACCACACAGCCCAGAUGCUACGAAAAGCCUUCCUCACAGUCCUCUUUCUCCACUGUUUGGUGUUGAGUUUAGCAUCUUCCUCUUCAUCAUCGGAGGAAGAUGAUGGUAGCAGCGAACAAGAGGGCGAAGAGCACAAAAGUAAAAUCACACUCACAUCACUGGGGCUACACUGACCAAGCAACAUGGGGUUCUGUUUUCACUGACUGCAAUGGAAAAUCCCAGUCUCCCAUUGACAUCAACACCAAGACAGCCAUCUAUGAUGACAGCCUGCCCUCCAUCAAGCUGGAGGGCUAUGACCUGACCGACAGCCCUGCUCUCACACUGCUGAACAAUGGGCACACACUGCAGCUGAGCCUGCCCCGCAGCAUGCAGAUCGUCAGCGGCUUCGACCGGGUCUACCAUGCGGCCCAGCUCCACUUCCACUGGGGCUCGGUGGAGGAGCCCGGCUCAGAGCACACCAUCGACAACGUCCACUUCCCUGCAGAGAUCCAUGUGGUCCACUACAACUCUAAGUAUGCCAACCUCUCAGAAGCAGCCUCUAAGCCAGAUGGGUUGGCCGUCCUGGGAGCCUUCAUCGGAAUCGGUCUGCGUGAGAAUGAGAACUAUGAGAAGAUCCUGUCAGCCCUCACGGAUGUCAGCGUGGAAGAAACUAAUACAGAAAUCCCAGGGUUCAAUGUCCGUCAUCUGUUGCCAAACAGUCUGGAGCGAUUCUACAGAUACACAGGAUCUCUGACCACCCCACCCUGCUUCCAGACUGUCAACUGGACCAUGUUCAAUGAUACCAUCACAGUGUCCAGAAAGCAGCUGGCAGCCCUGGAGGACACGCUAAAAAUGGAGCAGAACCAACUCCUGCGCUUGAACUUCCGGGCCCCACAGCUCCUUUAUGGCCGACGAGUCCUCUCGUCCUUCAGCGCGUCGCCUGCUCAGCUGAGCCCCAAAAUCGUUCCUCUGACGGAAACCGAUCCCAACAACCCGAGGGUUAGAGCAUCCACCGGCGGUCUAGCAGAACUGUCCAGAGGUGAUAUCCUAGCCAUAGCGUUUGGAGGACUCUUUGCUGUCACUCUUCUGGCUUUCUCAUUAUAUGCCUACCAGCAACGGAAAAAAAAUUCUAAGAUAAAAAAAGAUUCCCGUCAGAAUGUCAUCUAUAAGCCAGCAACUAAGGAGGAGGCAUAGACCCCAAAUCUAAUUUCCUUACCACUCACUUGCAAUAUUUAUGCUGUUCUUUUAGGAUUAUUAGAAAGCUUUUAUAUUGUGCACAAGUAUUAACCAGUACCAUGCCUGGUGAAUGUGACAUGUCAUAGAGGUAAUAGUGUGUACAAGAAGUGUCCUUACUGUCUAGACAUCUUGUGUCAUAAAUGUUUGAAGUUGGUUAGAAGUAGGCUGAGGUUGCUGUAUUUAUUUUUCACUCUGCAUAGUUAGAUGUCCCACACAGAAUUCCUCUAAAUUACCUCAUAGAUACUUAAGUUUGUGAUGCAGAUGACAAAAAAACGUGUACUGUACCUCUAGAAAUCUGUACUUAGUAAGGAAGAAGGUCCAGGUUUGUGUUAAUAUUUAAGAAAGACUGAAAGAUUGAAUGUAUUUAAUGUAUGUAUUUUUAUGUCUUGCUAUUGUUAUGCAAUUGUGUGAACCCUUGAAGCCUACAAUAUCUUCUUCUCAUCACUAUGCUUUCAGAUGUAUGAAAAUUUAUGUUUUUGAUCUGUAUAUGGAACAAUAAACAUGUUGUGUUUAAGUUUG